CCUGGGCUGGCGGUGGCUGCAGGGCAGCUCCUGGUGCCCAAAUGGCUGAGGGGGACGCAGGGAGCGACCAGAGGCAGAAUGAGGAAAUUGAAGCAAUGGCAGCCAUUUAUGGGGAGGAAUGGUGUGUCAUUGAUGACUGUGCCAAAAUAUUUUGUAUUAGGAUUAGCGACGAUAUAGAUGACCCCAAAUGGACCCUUUGCUUGCAGGUGAUGCUACCAAAUGAAUACCCAGGUACAGCUCCACCUAUUUACCAACUGAAUGCUCCUUGGCUUAAAGGGCAAGAACGUGCAGACUUAUCGAACAGCCUUGAGGAAAUAUAUAUACAGAAUAUUGGUGAAAGUAUUCUUUACUUGUGGGUGGAGAAAAUAAGAGAUGUUCUAAUAGAAAAAUCUCAGAUGACAGAACCAGGCCCUGAAGUAAAGAAGAAGACUGAAGAGGUGGUUGUUGAAUGUGAAGAUGAUCCCAUCGUACCACCUCAGCCAGAAAAUUCAGCUAAAGCAGUGGAUGUUCGUGUCAGAGAAAAGCCAAGAGAAGUAGAAGAAAUACCUCCAAUUGAUCAUGGCGUUCCCAUUACAGACCGAAGAAGUACUUUUCAGGCACACUUGGCUCCGGUGGUUUGCCCCGAACAGGUGAAAAUGGUUCUUUCCAAAUUGUAUGAAAAUAAGAAAAUAUCUAGUGCCACUCACAACAUCUAUGCCUACAGAAUAUAUUGUGAGGAUAAGCAGACCUUUCUGCAGGACUCCGAGGAUGAUGGGGAGACUGCUGCAGGUGGGCGUCUUCUUCACCUCAUGGAGAUUUUAAAUGUGAGGAAUGUCCUGGUGGUAGUAUCCCGCUGGUAUGGAGGGAUUCUGCUAGGACCGGAUCGCUUUAAACAUAUCAACAACUGUGCCAGAAACAUACUAGUGGAGAAGAACUAUACCAGUUCACCAGAAGAAUCAUCUAAGGCUUUGGGAAAGAACAAAAAAAUGAAAAACAAGAAGAGGAAUGAGCAUUAAUACCUGAAACCAUAUGAAAGGUUAAUUUGCCUACAAUUAUAUACACAUUCCAUAGUCAUCAAGGAGUAUGUUGUACGCGAGUAUCCUUGACUGUGCUCAAGUCAGCCAAUUCACCGUGGACACCAGCAUUAUCUUUCUCCGUUGGUUAUACCAUCUGCCAAAAAUAGACAACUUAUGAUAAAAUCAUGUGUGUUUCAGGCUUGCUUGAGAGAACUGAUUUGACCUUAUUGACCACUUCGUCUAAUUUUAGAAGGCAACAGUUGCCCAGGGCAGUAUUUGGAUUACUGUCUUUUUUGGUGUGUGUCAAGUGCCUUUGUUAGGUGGGGGAGAGAGAUCUCUAGAGGUUAAUGAAUACCUGAUUUCUUGUCAUAGAGAUUCUUGUACUGUUAAAUGAAUGUUGCCUUGUACUGCUCUUUAUGGCUUACUGGAACAGGAGCUCAUGGAAGACUGAUCUUGGAGAGUUUCUUCUUGUGAUUUCGGUACAUCAGUAUGUCACCUUUCAUAGUGUUCAUCAUUGAAUAAUAGAUUAAGUGAAAAUUUAGGUGUAUCCAUCUACGAUUAUGUGCUGAGGUGAUCAUCCAUCUAACAUAUUUGUUAGCAUAAAUGUUAUGCCUCAAUUUAUGUCACAAACUUGUGAUUGUGAAGUUUCAAAAAGUGAUUUCCUAGUCUCUGCGUUUUUUUGGAGUUAAUUCUUGUAAUGUGAAGCCGUAGAAUAUGGAGUGUCAGUAGGUUCCUUCCACCCUUGAAACAUGUUGAUGUUAAUAUACAGUUUCUUUUACCAACUUGGAAGUAGUACCCUUCUUGUGAACUUCAUCAAGGAAUUAGAACCAUGCUAGAAGGGAGGCGAUGGGUUAAUGAAACAUUAAUGGAAUGGGAUAGAAGUGGCAGAAUGUUGCUGGUAUAGGGCAAGAAUGGGUAGGAUAGUUGAUGCACACUUCCCAUCUGAGCUCCAGAUAGCUUUCUCAGUUCUGUGAUUUUGCAGAGAGAAGGAACAAAACUUUUGAUUGGAAGAACAAAGACAUUCCCUCUUUUUCCACUCCUGUCAAAUCUUCCUUUUUUUAUCGAUGCUUCCAGUUUCUUUCCUCUGAAGUUACCUCUAGGCAUUCAGAUAAUUUAUCUUUGAGAUAAAACAGUAAGUCCUAAACAGUUCCUUUUCAAACAUGUUUGGAACCAAUUGUUCUUAAGUUCUUACUUAAAGGCUGGUGUCAUGGCGCAGCAGGUUAAGAUACCGCCUGCGGUGCCUAGCAUCCCAUAUAAAUGUGGGUUCGUUUCCUGGCCACUCUGCUUCUGAUCCAGCUCCCUGCUAAUGUGCCUAGGAAAGCAGAAGAUGGCCCAAGUGCUUGGGCCCCUGACCCACGUGGGAGACCCAGGUGGAGUUCUGAGCUGUUGCUUUCAGCCUGGUCUAACCUCCCCCCCUCCCUCUCUCUCCCCCUUUCUGUAACUAUGCCUUUCAAAUACAUAAAAAUUUUUUAAAAGAGUUCUUACUUGAUCAUAGAAAUUAGGAGGCAGCUUGGGGUUGUCCUGAAACAUGGGAUGCAUCAGAGAACUGGACAGAGAUUUUUGUUUUCUCUUCAGUGUUUUACCUUUAAAAGAUCUAACAUCUUUACUUGAUAUUUUUAAUAAAAGUCUAUCAGAUAGCUUUACACUAGGGUGGGUUCUGAGUCAUAAAAUCUAAAUUAUUUUUGCUGUAAGUAUAUUUAAUGAUGUGAAUGAUCAAGGAUCAGAGAAGGACCUAUUUGGAACAUUUACCUCGGAUACCAUGAAAUGUUUAAUAUAUACUAUAUAUUAAUUCUUAGAAUAAUUAAAGGAAUUAGAGCCCAGUAAUAAUAAAAUAACUUCACGAUUUUGGCAUGCCAGACUUUUAAAAGGAAAAAACUAACACUUUGAAAAUAAAUGAGUUAAUUUUUCUGCAACACUGAAUUUGAAUUUUUCUUUUUUUAUCUAACAUUUAUUUAGGUCUUUUUGUUUUGUUUUGUUUCCUUUUAAUUGAGUUGAAAGGCAAAGAGACACAAAGGUUUUCUGUCUGCUGGUUCUUUCCCCAAAUGCCCGCUAUGUCUGAGGCUGGGCUGGUGCUGGGCUGAUCCAAAGUCGGGAGCCUGGAGCUCUGUCCAGGUCUCGCAGCCAGGUGGCAGGAAUCCAGCUAGUCCAGUCAUCACUUGCUGCCUCCCAGGAAGUUAAGAUCAGAGGUGGAGCCAGGACUGAAACCCAGACACUUUCAUAGGGGAUGUGGGCAUCUCAAGUGGCAUUUUAACUGCUCUGUCAACCACCCACCCCUUAUUUAGGUCUUUACAGAAAAUAAGGCAUCCUUAUAUCCAUGAUCUUAUUUUCCCGUAUUUUUAGAAAAAGCUUAAUUUUGCCUUUUGCUACAGAGUUGUUAACCCUAUUUUGCUGAAUAAUAAUAAAAAGUCUGUUUGCCCAAAGUCAGUUAGCUGUAGGAGGGAGAGGUUCCAGUUUCUCUACUUCUGAACUCUGGGUUAUUUCACAUUCUACAAUUAAGGAAAACCUAAUUAAUGAUAGUAUUUUUCUCCCUCUAUUUAAAAUUUCUCUUGAAUAGAGGAUUUUCCAAUUUUCCAAAUACUUUCUAUAACCAGAUCUAUGCUGUGGCAUAUUUUAUAUUCGUUAAAAUAUUUUCCAUAUGCCAGCAUAUAAGAACAAGUCAUGUCUACUUUGUAAGUGGGAAUAGCAGUUGCUGCAUCCAAUGUAUGCUUUUGAGGUAUUUAUCAUGAAACAGAGCCUAUCUGAAGAGAAUUAUAUCGAACAAAUCCUAAGACAGAACAGCGUGAAACACAUACUGUUUAGAGGGCUGGUGAGAUUUAUUGCAAAAAUUGCAUAAUCACCUCUAGUUCUCCCAUAGAGAUAACCAUUCUUAACAUUUGGUAUGUACAUUUUAUUUUUUUCUUAUGCAUGAUUUUGUAUAUAUGACUAUUUUUCUUUCCAUAAAAAUGGUAUUAAACUGUAUAUACCGUUUUGUAUCUUACAUAUUUCAUAUAGAAGUAUAUUGUUAACAUUUUCCCAUGUCAAUAAAUAUUCUUCUAUGGCUUAAA